UUUAUUAGAUAAUUGUGUAUUAUGCCUGUUUCUAUUAGUAAACAGAAUGCAAAUAUUAUAUCGCGUACAUUUAUUUGUCUUAAUGUGUUGACCGAUCAAAACUCACCGAAACUCUACACGAAAUUGGACUAUUUGAAGGCCGGGGUAUACCUUUUGUCCGCGUCCGGCUCGCGCGCGCACGCGUCCGCGCAGCUUUGGCCGCGUUCGACACUAUACGCAAUACAAAUGAUUUCUUAUUCAAAUUAUUACUCUACCAGAUCUUCGGGGCAGCACUGAUUUGGUGACAUUUACAGUAGAUUAAAACAUUAGGAUAGGUGAAGAAAAGUAACCGAUCCACCAUUGCAAACACAGUUUAGCAAACAACAAAGAACAGGAAUCAAAGAUUAUGGUAACAAACAUGCUCCAGAGCUUUCUGUUCUUGGAAGAAGUAAAAGUUAAAGAAGAAAAACAAUAGUGUGUGUGCAAAUGCUGUCUAUUUCCUUUGUAUAAUUGUUAAUAGUGGAGUGUCCUGUCUAAAUAUUUUCACGGGUAUGCGCUGUUGUACGCAGACUGUACGCGCACUGUCUGUCAGUGGCCGGACCCUCCUGAUGACGCAAAUGACGUCAUGCGGACGGCGCGCAUACGCGUACGUCCCUAGUAUACUUUCGGCUUUACGGGGUAAGUUUAUAUAACUUCUUUAUACACUCGUAUGAAUCCUUAUGUUUUAAGAAUAUAAACCAAAAAAUGUUAAGAAUUGUAAAAUAUUUUAAUAUUUGAUUACCAAUCAUUUUGUACUGUGAAACCGGCAAUUUUAUAAAUAAAGUUUUGAAUUCAAAUAUGCUUUGUCUCACAGGAAACCGUGCCGUUUUCGCAAUCGCUUCCCGUGCAUGAUAAUGACAAAACCAAAAGAAAAGCCUUGUCCUCACUGCCAAUCGCAGAACAACGCCAGCUGCAAAACCUGCAAAAAAUGUUUUGCUAAUUUAAGCCUCAAAAAAAAAUUUAAGGCAAAAGAAAAAAACAUUGAAGAGAGUACAUGGAGGUCCACCACCAAAAAACACCGUAAUGGUGCUCGUGUGGUUGAUUCUACUCGCAUUGCUGUUAAGAAAUUGGAGGUACUAGGCUAUAAGCCGAUUUUGUUCUACUCAAGAGAGAAAAAAAAAGGAUUUACAGCCGAAGUGAUUACUUCAGUGGGUCCCUGUGCUGAGGGGCCACUUCGAAACAUAAUUGACAAAAUGACUGGCCUCUAUGAAUAUUACAUUAAAAAUUAUCAAAGGCUUCAGAUCCACACUGCUGCUGAAUCUAAUCCUGAUGUCUGCCAGCCCCAGACUUCCUCUCCUCCUCCUCCUCCUCCUCCUCCUCCUCCACCUCCUCCUCCUCUUCCUCCUUCUCUUCCUUCCUCUAGCCUUUCUACUCAUACCUCCUCUUUCUAUACUGUCCCUUCUCCAUCUUCUUCCUCCAGUGGUCCUCCUCUUACCUCAUCUUUCCACACUUUUACUCCAUCUUCCUCCAACAUUUCUUCUCCUACAUCUUCUUUCUACACCAUUCCUGCUGCAUCUUCGUUUGACCUUCCUCCUCCUACCCCGUCUUACAUUAGCCUUCUUCCUCCUGCCUCUUCUUCCGGCACUCUUUUUCCUCCACCACCUUCUUUAUGCACUCUUCCACUUACUUCCUCUUUCUGCACUCUUACUUCUCCAUCUUCUUCUUCCAGCAUUCCUCCUUGUACCUCCUCUUAUAUGGCACUUCUUUUUUCCGACACUUCUUCCUGCAGUUUUCCUCAACCACCAACUUCUUUAUCCACUUUUUCUCCUACCUCUACUUUAUACAGUCCUUCUCCUCCAUCUUCAUCCUCCACCCUUAUUCCUCCUACAUCAUCUUUUAUCCCUCUUCUCUCCCCUACAUCUUCUCCCAACCCUUAUCCUCAUCCAUUCUCUUUUCCCAACUACCAUCCUCCUGCCUCCUUUACUACGUCUUCUUCCAACAUUCCUCCUUCUACCUCCUCUUACAUCACCCUUCUUCCUCCUACCUCUUCCUCCUGCACUCUUCCUUCUUCACCACCUUUUGCCACUCCUCCUACCACAUCUUUACCCAACUUUUCUCUUACCUCUCCGAGCAUGCCUGCUACCUCCCCACCUUCUACUGUAACUACCGCUACCACAUUUACCACCAAAGAUUCAGACAAUUCUUGCACAAAAAUCCACAUACAAAAGGCAAACAACGAAAAUGGAUGUAUAAACAAACAGAAUGCCAAGUACACCCCAGUCUCCAAACUUUUCCAUACGACAAGAUCUUAAGGAGGAGGACAACAAAAGACGGUGUUGAGGAAGUCAAAGUUAGAUGGAAGCCUUGCUCAGGAUGUGGUAUGAAAUGGGCGGACACCUGGGAGCCAUACAGCCAUACAUUCGCAGAGUAAGGAUCCAUGUUCCAUGUUUAUGGGGUUGCAUUAAGGACCUGUUGCCUGUCCUUAAUACCCAUGGUUAAAAAAAAUGUCAGUUUAUUGUUCAUUAGUUUGAUUUUUUUGUAUAUAUUUUCAUCUUUUUUGGUUUUGUUAGUCUGCUUUUAGCUCUAAUAACUGUUUGACUGUUUUUAUUUAUUUUUUUCAGAAAAUGUAUUAUCUAAAAAUUGUUUACAAUUUUAUUAUCUAAAAAUGUAUUCAGAUGUCUUUGCUGCAGAAAUGUUUUAUUUCCGAUGAAUAA